AUGGUGGAUGUGGCAGAGAAGGAGAUGGAUAACCCCACGUUUCAACGUGACACGGUGCUUUCUGAUGUUCACUUACACUGUCCAAACAGAAGACAUCUCAUGGUACGACUGAAUGCAGUUGGACAACCAGUUUUCCUGUCACAUUUCAAACUCCUCUGGAACACAGAAGUUUCGGCAUCUGAGAAACAUGUGAGAGAAGCUGCAACAGAAAAAGAACACCAGUACAGAAGUGGAGAUGAACUCUGUGACAAGGACAGGAAUAAUCAAAAAAAAGUCAGAGAAUUAAAUAGUGGAGGGGUAGAAGCUCUACUAGAUGAUGAUGGAGAUUUGGAAGUGGUCAGAAGACCUCGAAGUGCCUCUGAUUUAGAAGCAGAGGAUCUGUUGAGGGAUAGAGUGUAUCCAGUAAUUCUGAUGAAAGGGAAAGAAGAUGCUUUUGAAGAUGAAGAACAAGAAUGCACUUGUGAUGUUGUUAAAAUAGAACAUACUAUGGCAACCCCCUUAGAAGAUGUUGGUAAACAAGUCUGGCGUGCAGCCUUUCUCCUUGCUGAUUACAUUCUGUUUAAACAAGACACAUUCAGGUGUUGCUCAGUGCUAGAGCUUGGAGGUGGCACUGGAAUGACAAGCAUCAUCAUGGGAACAGUUGCCAAGAGAGUUUAUUGCACAGAUGUUGGUGAAGAUCUUCUGAGUAUGUGUGAGCAAAAUGUUGCAUUAAACAAGCACCUGAAAGAGCCAGGAAGAGGGGAAAUUAAAGUAAAAGAACUGGACUGGCUGAAAGAUGAGUUCUGCACUGAUCCUGAAGCUCCUUAUAGCUGGUCUGAAGAAGAGAUUGCUGAUUUGCAUGACAAUUGCACUGUGAUAAUGGCAGCUGAUGGUAGGAAAAUAUAA